AUGGCAAUCCUCCUGUCGGUUGUCCCUGCGCACUCCCCAAUCUUUUGGUCCUGCGUUGGCCUCUACGCCGAUGUGGUGAAGCUGUUGUCGCCGAGCAAGAGACUGCAGAGACUUGCCGGAGAGAUAGCAAGAUACAGCCGAAGACCUCCUGAGACACCGGAGCAAGCCCUGCUCAGACGCAUGAACGAGGCCCAGACUUUGGCCGAGUACGAGAGCUGUACAGUCGCGUUGGACCACCUCCAAGGCCACGAAGCAUGGAAGAAAGAGAAGGACUCGAUCGAACCCGGCUACAACCCUGAUGUUAUUGAGAAUCAAGUCAUUCGCUUGAAGAGUGCUGUGAUCGAACGAGAUACAGCGGCUUUGCACCACCUCCUGCGGACGGGGCUCAGUCGCGACCUCGGAGGCAUGAACUCGCUGCGGCUCUACAAGCAUUCAUGGUUCGGCACCAAGAAACUGAUAGACGAUUAUAUCAACACUGUUUUAGAGGCCAUUGAUGCGUUUUCCGAGGCAAGCAUUCGCAACGACCUCUCUACGGUAGAAGUCCGGCGUUCUCAGCAAUCAUUAGAAGACGCACUGAAAUUUUUUGGACGUUCAGCAUUGACAUUGUCUGGUGGGGCACUUCUGGGUAUGAAGCAUAUUGGUGUUGUGAAAACUCUGUGGGAGGCAGAACUUCUGCCGGAGAUCAUUUCAGGAGCAUCAGCAGGCAGUAUCGUGGCCGGCAUUGUGGGAAGUUCCACUGACGAGCGGAUGGCGGAAGUGCUCGACCGAUUCCCUUUCUCGGAUCUGGCCGUCUUCGAUCCCCCGGGAACAGGCAGAGUGGGAUGGCUCACACAGCGGCUAAGCACAGUGCUGCGGACGGGCGCUUUCUUUGAAAUGGAGAACCUGAGGAGGGUGAUGAGAGAUUGGCUGGGCGACAUCACCUUCCGAGAGGCACAUUACAAGACUGGUCGCAUUGUCAAUAUUUGCGUGUCUAGCGCUGGUAGUGCGGAGCCACGACUGUUGAAUUUCGUGACCGCUCCCGAUGUCUUCAUCUGGUCAGCAGUCUGUGCAUCUUGUGCUGUGCCCAGCGUUUUCUCGCCCGCCAAUAUCUACGAGAAGGAUCCCAUUACCAAAGAGGAGAAGCUGUGGAUGCAGAACGCCAAGCAGACGUUCGUGGACGGAUCUCUGGACCACGACAUUCCUAUGCGGAAACUGUCCGAGAUGUUCAACGUCAACUUUUUCAUCGUCUCCCAGGUCAAUCCACAUGUACGAGUAUUCCUCGAUCGAGAGGAGAGUUUUCGGGGUGAGCAGCCCGGUACACCCUCCCCAGGUCCAAACCCGUUUCAAGCCGCCAAGGAAGUUCUGAGAGAAGAGAUCAUCCACCGGGCACAACAACUCGCAGACAUCGGCUUCCCGCAAGGUUUUUACAGGUGGGCUUCACUGUUCAAUCAACAGUACACGGGCGAUAUCAACAUAUUGCCCGACAUCCACCCGAGCGAGUACCUCAACAUGAUGAUGAAUCCUACAUCAGAGUUCAUGCUGAAAGCCACCGUCGCAGGCGAACGGGCGACUUGGCCUCGGAUGUGUCGAAUCAAGAACUGCGUGGCCAUUGAACUGGCUCUCAUCCAAGCGAUACAUACAUUAAGGGACAGGGUGAAUUUUGGGCCCGAGGCCCGAGCCGCCCGCGAGCGAAAGAGGUCCAACAGCAGGGGACGUCCAGGGCGUGGCCGGUCGGCUCGUCCAUCGUUCCUUCGAAGGCGCAGUCUUAGCGUCGAGUCUCCUGUAGGGGGUGAAAAUGGACUGACCCCGCCAGUACCCCUAAAAGUGCGCCGCAAUGUCAGUCUAGGCAAUAUCUCGAUGAGGCCGGCUUUCUCCAUAACCACGCCUCGGCCAACACCAUACCUCUCGCCGCAGGUGGGCAUCGAGCAGGACAUUCUGGCGGAUGCGUUGGCCAUGACAUCUAGAAGGGGAGAAACAAUCACAGGGUUGGGUAUAGUCGGCGGGCCUUGA